AGAAAGUUAUGAAUAAAACAUAUAUUGCAUUUUUUUAUGUAAUACUGUUCCCAAUAUGUUGGUGUUGUAAUGUUACCAUUGGUGAAAGAGUUUUUUCAAUUUCCAAAAGCACAAGCUAAAUCUGGAAGUUAUAACAACAUGAAGUAAUGGGUGACCAUAUGAAUUCAACAUCUCACUGUUCACAGAGAAAUUUGUAAUAUAUCAUAUAAUUUCAUGUCAAAGUGUGUACUAUUUCCUGAUACUAACACCACUUAAUUACCUCAAGAUAAAGUUGUAAAAAACCUGGUUGGUUAUCCUACACAAAUUAAGCAUGAGAUUGGUUGAGCCUUCGCUUAUACACUUUUGGAUGUGUUAUAGAGCUACAGGAGACAUUAAAUGGUUUGGAAAGCAGCUGAUUAUACAAAUAACAGUAAUAUAAAAGUAUAUUCAUUAUUUUUCUGCAACUUAACAAAAAAUGAAGUUUCAUUAUCUACAUUGUUUCAAGAAACAGUUGGAAUCUUAAGUUAUCCUAAGAGUUAUGGAGUACAAUCAUCACUAAGUAUUUUAAAUAGUGAAAUGAUUAUUGAAAAUGGUGACAAAUGUCCAUUAGAUGAGUCAAUACUUUUAAGUGCACGUGUCAAAUUAGUUUGUGGAAAAUAUUUGGGAGACUUGGAAUUUGUUAAUGAAUCAAAUUGUGUUGCAUAUUUUGAAUUUUCAUCAAAUGAGUUGUGUGAAAAACAUGUAUAUAAAAAACAAAUACCCUGCUAUCUUAUUAAUAAGUAUGGAUAUAAGAUUAAUAUGCUUCUACUGCAGAAUUCAGGACCACACUUAGCUUCUAAUUCUGAAAGCGAGAAAUUAGUCUUUAAUGUUUGUGCUGAUCUCCAUAAUACAGAUUGUGAUGUCGGAGCAUCAGCAUGCUACAAUAAAAGCAAUGUAGGAAGUAUCAGCGAAUCAACUAUGUUAAAGUUAAACGAUGAAGAAAAUAUUGAACUUUUUUACAAAAAUGAGUUAAAUAAUUGCUCCACUACAAUCAUCUUUAUUUGUCCACAUACUGCUGAUAGUAUCUCUAAUGGCUCUGAAUUUACAAAAAUACCUCAAAAAUGUUCUUUCAAAGUUCGUUGGUACACUGAGUUUGCCUGCUCUAUAAAGUAUCAGAUUGUUGAGAAUAGCUGUGUUUUAAAAACUCGUGAAUUUACAUUUAAUUUAUCACCUUUGAAUAAAACAUGGAUAAUUGAGCAAAAAGGGAAAGAUAACUACACCAUUAAUUUGAGUGUUUGUCAACCAAAAGUGCAAUGCAACGAAGAUUUGGCAUCUGUUUGUCAAAAAAAAGAAAAUAUUCAAAAGGUGCUUGGAAAAACACAAACUUCACUGCGAUAUGUUGAUAAAAAGUUAUAUUAUAUUUUUAAAGAUGGAGAAAAAUGCAAUUUCUGGAUAAAUAGAACAACAUACAUAGUACUUAUUUGCGACCUGUCAGCAUCAGAUCAGGGUGUUGGUAAACCAGUUUUCAAAUAUGAAGAUAAUUGCACAUAUUUUAUAGAAUGGUAUACAUUGUUUGCAUGUCCACGUGAUGUUAGUUCUCGUGAUGUUAGUUCUGAGUGUAGAGCUAUAAAUAAAGAUCAAAUUUAUGAUUUAACACCUCUUAAAAAACCAAUUAAUAUAUCUAAUGUUGAUGGACACAUAAUUCAAAUAAGUGUGUGUGGACUGCUUAAUACAUGUGGAAAUUCUUCCAUUUGUAAUCUUAACAAAACAAAAUCUUUAGGAAAAUUUAAUUCAAAUCUUCAGAUUCUUUCCGAUAACUCUCUUUUAUUGAAUUAUACGGGUGGUGAAAAAUGUAAUAAUCUCACACAUAAUACAAAAAUAUUAUUUAUUUGCAGUCCUGGAAAUUUUUUAUCCACACCAAAUAUAGGUUCAGUUGAUGAUUGUCACCAUUUGGUUACAUGGGAAACAGCUUAUGCUUGCCCAUUAAUUCAAAAGAACGGUAAUCAGUGUGCAAUCAAUGAUUCUAGAAUUGAUAUCAAUCUUUCUUAUUUAAAACCAUUGAAUCGUGACUUUUUUAAUGUCACAAGAAAUAAUUUCGAAUUUCAGAUGAAGAUAUGCUCUGGUUCUAAAACCACAAGUUGUAAUGAGAACGGAAAUUUAAACACAUCCAUUACUGGGUGCUAUAUUUCAAACACUCAAAAUACAACUGUAAUAAGUACUUAUCAAGGAUCUGAGUUAUUAAACUACUUUGCAGGUAUGUUAGACAUAACUUAUUCAACUGGUCAAAAGUGUAGCAAUGGAGAUAGUUAUAUAAUGAAAAUAUCUUUUAUUUGUAAUCUAAAUAUAUCAAUUGGAAAUCCUGAUUUUGAACAAGAGGUUGAACAUUGUUUUUAUCACUUUACUUGGAUUACCAAAUUUGCAUGUAUUCCACUGGUUCCAUGCGCAGCAUUUUCUGAUGAUGGCAAAGUAAUUGAGUUAUCUAGAUUACAGAAAAUGUAUUUUUAUGAAGUUGAUAUUUCCAACUCCAUUAACCAGACUGGAAAAGUAAUGUUUAACAUCUGUAAGGGUGUUAUAGGAACAAAGUGUUCACCUUUAUCAGGUGCUUGUUAUGAAAGUGAUGAAAUGACAAUGAAUUUGGGCUUUUUAAAAAAUCGCCCACAAUUGUUGCCAUCAGGAGAUGUAGUAAUCGAAUACGAAAAUGGUGAUUUUUGUGGUUCCAAAAAUCAAUCAAGCACUGUUAUAAAAAUUAUUUGCAAUGAAAGUGCUGAGAAUCCAAUAAUUAAACUGAUGUCAAUCAAGUACUGCAAAUAUGAGUUUCAAUUUGAAACAACAGCUACCUGUCAAAAUAAUAAUUUAAAAACUACAACUUCUGUUACAACUUCUACAACUGAUACCACUCCUACAACUGUUACAACUUCUACAACUGUUACUACUCCUACAACUGUUACAACUUCUACAACUGUUUUUACCUCUAAAACUGAUACUACUACUACAACUGCAUCUGUAACCAAGAAGUUAACUACAUCAAGAACUGGAAAGAUUCCAUUAAUACUUGCAGUUACUAUAGUUGUUGCUGUACUCUUUAUUGGCUGUUGUUGGAUUCUAUAUAGUCCAGAAAAAAGAGAAAUGCUGACUAACACAAUUAAUUCAAUAAUGGGAAGAAAAACUCGUGUUGUGUCUCGCUAUAAGUAUACCAAGCUAUCUGCAAUAACUUCUGAUGACGACUCAGAUGAAAUAAAUGAAGUGUUUAGUUUUAAAAACGAAAGUAGCGAUGAAGAAAUGCUUCCUCUUUAAUUUUUGAAUUACGUUUAAAGUAUGUUAUAUAGCAGAUACACCUGUGUAAAACUUAUUCUAUUUUUAAACAAUAUUAAGUACUCUUUCAUACAUUUUUGUGCGUGUUUUAAAGUUUUUGUUUUUUCUUAAUUUUAAAGUGCUUAUAUAUUUUGGAUGGUUUUUGUAAA